GUUGUGCCUCGGUUCAUUGCUUCUCCUCCAACUACCCAAUCACUUCCUCUUUCCUGGCUCCUCUGCUCCCCCCACCGCUUCCAUCCGCCGCCGGAAAGGAUGUUUUCUUCCCUCUGUAAAACCCUCCGCAGCUCCUCCGUCACUAAACGCCGCGAUUCUCCGCAUUCCAUUCUCCGCUGGCUCAGCAACGUCCCGGAAAACACCGUCUACGGCGGCCCGAAGCCACAGAACCCUAGCCAGCGCGUCACGCUCAUUAACAUCCGCCAGAAGCACAGGAAUGGCGAGCCCAUAACCAUGGUUACGGCCUACGACUACCCCUCGGCGGUGCAUUUGGACACCGCCGGCAUCGACGUUUGCUUGGUCGGCGACUCCGCUUCCAUGGUCGUUCACGGCCACGACACCACCCUCCCCAUCACGCUCGAUGAGAUGCUCGUCCACUGCCGCGCCGUGGCGCGUGGCGCCAAGCGCCCGCUGCUCGUCGGGGACUUGCCGUUUGGAACCUACGAGUCCAGCACUCAACAGGCGGUUGAUACAGCGGUGAGGGUAUUGAAGGAGGGUGGAAUGGAUGCAAUCAAACUGGAAGGUGGCGCACCUUCGAGAAUCACAGCAGCUAAAGGUAUCGUUGAAGCUGGUAUUGCAGUGAUCGGGCACGUGGGGCUCACACCGCAGGCAAUCAGUGUUCUUGGAGGGUUCAGACCUCAAGGCAGAAACAUCGAUAGUGCAGUCAAGGUUGUGGAGACUUCAAUGGCAUUGCAGGAAGCAGGAUGCUUUGCAGUAGUGUUGGAAUGUGUUCCUCCACCGGUGGCGGCUGCAGCAACAUCAGCCCUUCAGAUCCCCACCAUUGGCAUUGGGGCUGGACCCUUUUGUAGUGGCCAAGUUCUAGUGUACCAUGAUCUUCUUGGAAUGCUACAACACCCUCACCAUGCCAAGGUCACUCCCAAGUUCUGUAAACGUUAUGCCCAUGUAGGAGAAGCCAUCGACAAGGCUCUUUCAGAAUACCGGGAUGAAGUAACAAGUGGGGCUUUCCCUGGCGCAGCUCACAGCCCUUACAAGAUUGGAGCUGCUGACACUGAAGGCUUCCUACAAGCAUUGGAGAAACUAGGUCUGGGUGACGCAGCAUCUGCAGCAGCUGAUGCAGCUUCAAAGAUGGAAGCCCAAAUGAAGUGAUGGAAGAAAUAGGCACAAUGCACCAAGACUGCUUUCCUUCUCCGAGUAAGUAGUAUGGGUUUCCUCUAGGGUUGGAUUAAUAAACAGAAGUUUUGGAUCGUGUUGGAAAUGCUUUAAGGGCAGCGUUCUUGUCCUAAAAAGAAGGUGAUGCUCGCUUAGUGACAUUCAAAGGUCACGGGUUUUGAGUCACCAUAACACAGUCUUUAUAUUUGAAUGCUAGAUAUUUCUUGACCUAUAUAGAUGCUACUUGGAAUGAAAUAAUGCACACCAUUGAGUGCGUGGAUAUGAGAGUGGCUUUUCAGUACAAAAAGAAAGGUAGCAAUUAUUUCGGUCAAUUUGCUUAGCGAUUAUGGUUGUGUUGAUUGUAGUAGCACUCUUUGUGGAUGUGGAGAAAAUGAGCCCCCCUCUGUUUUAUGAA